GGGGCGCUCUCGCGCCGGGCGCCGAGCGGGGAAAGCGAGUCAGGUCCCGCACGUCCCCGACCGGACCCGUGACCAGAACGCCGCGGCCCGGCCCUUCCGGAGCGGUGGGGAUUUGGCAUUCUACACCGCGGUCAUCAUGAACCUUUUCCAACUCCUGAUGAAAAAGAAGGAACUCAUUCCUUUGGCGCUGAUCAUGACGGUGGCAGCGAGUGGAGCGUCAUCUUUUGCUGUGUAUUCCCUUAAUAAAAAAUCCGAUGUGAUCAUUGAUCGAAAAGGAAAUCCAGAACCUUGGGAAACUGUGGAUCCCAGUGUGCCUGGAAAGCUUAUAACGAUCAACCAACAAUGGAAACCCAUUGAAGAGUUGCAGAAGGUCCGAAGGGCAACCAGAUGACCAGGCCUGGCCUCUUUCUGCCAUAGAGGCUCUGUGAAUCUAGCGGAAACACUUCUGCACAAACGAGAUUGUGAGUCCAGUGUGCAGAAAUGCUUCUGCUCCGUUUCCAGGGCUUGCCUACAUUUUUGGGCUCUGAAUAAGGAAUUAUAAAGUUGGUGCAGCAAUAACCACAGUCUAAAAAAAUAAAUUUCUUGUUGUUAAUUUGAA